AAACGGACAUUUUGUCUAUUAACAGAGGAUAAUAAAGCCGUAUAAUAUUUUCUACCCAAGUGCACUUGCUUUCCCCGGCGAUGAUUGUUUUUUUGUUUGCCCUGUGCAUCACGGAUGGAGUGCUCUCUCAGAUACGCUACUCGGUGCCGGAGGAGGCGGACCACGGCACACUGGUGGGGAAUAUCGCCGAGGACCUGGGGCUGGACCUUACCAAACUGGCGUCCCGCCGCUUCCAGGUGGUGCCCAGCUCUCGGACACCGUACCUGGAGGUGAACCUGGAGAACGGCGUGCUGUUCGUGAGCGAAAAGAUCGACCGGGAGCAGAUCUGCAAGCAGAGCGCCAACUGCCAGCUCAACAUGGAGGUGUUCCUGGAGAACCCGCUGGAGCUAUUCCGCGUCGAGAUCGAAGUGGUGGACAUUAACGACAACCCGCCCAGCUUCCCGGAGACGGACAUCACCGUGGAGAUCUCGGAGAGCGCACCGGGCACCCGCUUCCCGCUGGAGAGCGCCUUCGACCCGGACGUCGGCUCGAACGCGUUACGCACGUACGACAUAACCACUAACAACUACUUCUACCUGGAUGUGCAGACCCAAUCGGACGGGAACAAGUUCGCGGAGCUGGUGCUGGAGAAGCCGCUGGACCGGGAGCAGCAGGCGGCGCACAGGUACGUGCUGACAGCGGUGGACGGCGGCCAGCCGCCGCGCACUGGCACCGCGCUGCUGGUGGUCCGGGUGCUCGACUCCAACGAUAACGCGGUGUUCGACCAGCCCGUGUACACGGUGAGCCUGUCGGAGAACGCACCGGCUGGCACGCUGGUCAUCCAGCUGAACGCCACCGACAUGGACGAGGGUCUGAACGGAGAGAUCGUCUACUCCUUCAGCAACCACAUCUCCAGCCGCGUCAAGGACCUGUUCAGCAUCGACGCGCGCACGGGGCGCAUCGAGGUGCGCGGCGAGGUGGACUUCGAGGAGAGCGGCCUGUAUCAGAUCUUUGUGCAGGCGAAAGACCUGGGGCCAAACGCCGGCGCGCACUGCAAAGUGCUGGUCAAAGUCAGCGACGCGAACGACAACGCGCCGGAGAUCACCUUCAGCACCGUGACCGAGUCGGUGAGCGAGGCGGCGGCCCCGGGCACCGUCAUCGCGCUGCUGAGCGUCACGGACCGGGACGCGGAGGAGAACGGACAGGUGCACGUGGAGAUCCUGGGCGACGUCCCGUUCAAGUUGAAAUCGUCAUUUAGGAAUUAUUACACCAUAGUGACCGGCGGCCCGCAACGCGAGCACGCGGACUCCUACUCCGUGACCGUGGUGCGGGACAAAGGGACGCCGUCGCUCACCGCCAGCAAGUCCAUCCGAGUCCAGGUGUCGGAUGAGAACGACAACGCGCCCACCUUUACGCAGUCCGUCUAUGAUGUGUACGUGACAGAGAACAACGCGGGCGCGUACAUCCACGCCGUGACCGCUCUGGACCCGGACGCCGGACAGAACGCGCUCAUCAGCUACUCCAUCCUUGAGUGUGACAUCCAGGGCAUGUCGGUCAAAACCUACGUGUCCAUCAACGAGGAGACGGGCUACCUUUACGCGCUGCGCUCCUUCGACUACGAGCAGCUGAAGGACUUCACGUUCACGGUGCAGGCGCGCGACGCGGGCAGCCCGCAGCUCUCCUCCAACGCCACAGUCAAAGUCAUCAUCGUGGACCAGAACGACAACGCGCCGCUGGUGCUGGCCCCGCUGGGAAGAACGGCACCGCCGGGGCCCCUGCCCCGCUCCGCCGCGGGCUACCUGGUGACGCGCAUCGUCGCGAUGGACGCGGACGACGGCGAGAACGCGCGGCUGUCCUACAGCAUCCAGAGAGGGAACGAGAACGGCAUGUUCCGGAUGGACUGGCGCACGGGGGAGCUGCGCACGGCGCGCCGGGUGUCGGCCAAGCGCGACCCGCAGCAGAUGUACGAGCUGCUGGUGGAGGUGAGGGACCACGGGCAGCCGCCGCUGUCCUCCAGCGCCAGCGUGCUCGUGCUGCUGGUGGAGCGUGGCGGAGGGCCGCGGGCCGGCGGGGACCGCGCGGGCACAGCCAAGGCCAAGGAGGGCACCCUGGAUCUGACCCUGAUCCUCAUCAUCGCCCUGGGCUCCGUCUCCUUCAUCUUCCUGCUGGUCAUGAUCGUGCUGGCGGUGCGCUGCCAGAAGGACAAGAAGCUCAACUUUUACACCUGCCUGGCCAGCGAGUGCUGCCUGGGCUGCAGCUCGUGCUGCUCGCGGCAGGCCCGCGCGCGCAAGAAAAAGCUCAGCAAGUCGGAUAUCAUGCUGGUGCAGAGCGCCGGCAGCGUCAGCGGGGCCGGUGGCACGGCUCACGUGCCCGUGGAGGAGUCAGGGAGCUUCGGCUCGCACCAUCAGAACCAGAACUAUUGCUACCAGGUAUGUCUGACUCCAGAGUCUGCCAAAACCGACCUCAUGUUCCUAAAGCCACGUAGUCCGUCUAGGAGCACAGACACCGAGCACAACCCGUGCGGCGCCAUAGUGACAGGGUACACAGACCAGCAGCCUGACAUCAUAUCAAAUGGCAGCAUUUUAUCAAACGAGACCAAACACCAGCGAGCUGAACUCAGCUACCUGGUUGACAGGCCGAGACGUGUCAACAGUUCGGCGUUCCAGGAGGCGGACAUGGUCAGCUCCAAAGACAGCGGCCACGGGGACAGCGAGCAGGGAGACAGCGACCACGACGCCACCAACCGAGGCCAUUCCUCCGGCGCCGACCUUUUCUCUAACUGCACGGAGGAGUGUAAGGCGCUGGGCCACUCGGAUCGCUGCUGGAUGCCGAGCUUCGUGCCCUCUGACGGGCGCCAGGGCCCGGACUACCGCAGCAACCUGCACGUGCCCGGCAUGGACUCGGUCCCGGACACAGAGGUAUUUGAAAGCCCCGAGCAAACGGCCGAUAAGUCAUUCUCCACCUUUGGCAAAGAGACGCCUCUCAGUCACCAACACCUCCACCUCCACCACCACCACCACCACCACCAACACCUCCACCACAACCCUCUCAAAAACCAUCACCUCAGCCACCACCAGGGCUCCUUACAGGGGACAGAGUUGGAAGCCUUUGUGCCUAGCUCCAGAGCGCCUUAUAACCCGGCUUAUUUAACGAGGAAAAGGGUUUGCUAGCUCUUUCCGCGUGGACAUACCGGACACCGCGUGACUUUGCACAAUCGCUCCCAGAAGACCAAGGCUAUAAGAAAAAAGGCAUCAAGUG